GUGGUAAGGCCAAUCACAACGAAGGCUGUGACGCGACGCUCGGGCACGCUAUCAAUCUUUAACUUGAGCUAUUUUAGAUAUAAAGCAAUUUCACGAGGCAGAAGAAGAGGGAGCGAGUCGUAGGAUCCAUCGCAGUCGAGUAGCCGGAAGGGUUAAGAGAAGGCUUCGCCUGCAAAUCUCUCACGCUUUCUUUCUUGCUACAGCCUUUUCCGGCAUCAAAUCUCCCUUCAAUCAUGACAACAUCAAAGCGUCUAGCUGUUAGGAAGGUAGACAAAUUUGAGAAGAACAUUACAAAGAGAGGCGCCGUGCCCGAAACCACCACUAAAAAGGGCAAGGAUUAUCCUGUUGGCCCUGUUCUGCUUGGUUUCUUCGUAUUUGUCGUCAUUGGAUCAUCUCUUUUCCAGAUCAUCAGGACGGCAACAAGUGGAGGGAUGGCAUAGACUAAUGACUGAUAUUGAGAAAUGGGCAGUGAGUGGUCCUCAGUGUAGGAAAAAAUAGAUGAUACUUUUACAAGACCUGCGUUUACUCUGUAUUGUGAAGUACUGAAUUUUGAGAAAUAAAGUUAACUUUGUUCUUUAAUCA